AUGAAAGAGGACUCUGCUGAGCGAGGCCGCCCGAAGGAAGAUCUUUACGGGCAAGAUUCCCCUGCCAGUGGCCGGAAAACGAAGCGAAGGAAAGUAGCGGAUGAUGAACGGAAGCGUGCUAUUCGAGCUUGUGACGGCUGCCGCAGAGUCAAGGAAAAAUGCGAAGGAGGCAUCCCGUGUCGAAGGUGUACCCAUUUCCGACGAACUUGCGAAUUCAAGGGCGUGAAAGCUGAGCCAAUAUCUCAAGAUGGGCCAGGUUCUACCCGUCCUCUACUUAAAAGACCCACAACUCCUAGCUAUCAGGGAAACGAACUGAAAGAUCGCGCUCGCUACCUGGAACGAAUUUUACGACACAAGCUUCCCGGGCUUGAUCUUGAUACUGCGAACUUGCGGCGCAUAUCAGAGAAUUUGCUGGAGACAUCCAGCAACAAAUCCACGACUUCGGAAGCUGAAGGCGAGGGACAUCCAGUUCUAGCGGAUGACGAUGUUGAGAUCCGCCCGGUUGAGGGUAACGUCACUCACUAUUCGGGCGAGUUUUCAUAUUGGAAUUUCUCCCAACGGAUCAAACGACAUGUGGAGGACUGGAUGGGCAGUGCCAACCCAGACGCUCCGAAUGCGGAACGAGUGUCUGAAUUCUGGCGAGCAGAGCCUCUCCUAUCAAGCUCCCACAGUCUUUCUGCUGCACUCGCCUGCUGCCCACCCAGAGAUAUAGCAGAGUUCCUCGUCCACGUUUUCUUCCGCCAUGCGGAGUCCAACUACUUCUACGUUGAUCGGGCUUGGCUUUUGGAUGUCUUGAAUGUCUUUUACACUAAUCCGAACCAAUUGGCCGCCAAAGAUGCUGGCAAGGUCAGUAUCGCACUGGCGACAUUUGCCAUCGGCACACAGUAUGCGUACCUCGAAUCGCUCAAUCCGUCUGGCCCGGCAAACCCAGGAGGGAUGAGCUUCUCGGAGGAUGAGGUUGGCACGAUGUUUUUCGAACAGGCAGCAAAACUCCUGCCUGAAGUUAUUCAAAUUUCCUCCCUCGAGAGUGUACAAGCAUGUCUUCUUCUUGGACUUUAUUGCAACCCUCUUGACGCUUCGGGCCUGGCUUACACCUAUUACAACCUCGCUAUUAAACUGGCGAUCGUGAAUGGAAUGCACCGGAAAUACCCGGGCAAGGCGAUUGACGAAAUCACUAUUGAGACGAAGAACCGUGUAUGGUGGACGUUGUAUGUGGUUGAAAAGAAGAUUGGGAUUUUUCAUGGAAGGCCAAUCUCUGUCCUCCGAUCGGAUGUCGACGCUGAUCUGCCCAAAGACCGAGCUGACAUGAUUCAGGCCGGACCAAGCUCCAAUAUCCCAUACAUGGUAGCAUCCGUCCACUUACUACACAAACUUGAGAACUUCUUCAAUGAAAUGCAAUUGCUGCGGAAAUGCCAGAAAAACGAGUUGCAAGGAAUUCUCUCCCGCUUGAUUACAAUGAAAGAAUCGCUGGCGAAAUGGUUCGAAAAUCUGCCGCCAGGAGCUCAUGGUGAAUCAAGUUCAAUCCGUUCGACUAGCUUUCGACCAAGAAUGCACUUGAGACUAGAAUACUGUCUAGUACGUAUGUUUGUCGGACGGCCAUUUUUGUUCAGUCGUCAUGCCCCUGGAAGCACUCCGACUUCAAUGUCGAGGAAGGACAGCAACGCCACUUCAAAUACCGCUACUGGCGAAACAGACAGGAAGGUGUCACGGAGAACGACACUUAUCGACGAUUGUGUCCAAGCGGCCCAGGAAGCAAUCGCGGUGUGCAGGAAAUUGCGAGACGGGGUGGGCCUCGCCAGAGCCUCAUAUAUCGAGUACAGCUCCUGCCGAGCCUCACUCUUGGUCCUCAUUGCUUAUUGCAUCUACAACCAAACGGAUCGGUUCAGAGAGUCGCUGCAGAUGGGUCUAUCGAUGAUACGAGAGAUGUCUGCAAGCGGAGCCUCUGCGAGAGCCGAGGUCUCACUUAUCGAAGCACUCGAACAUGCACUUGCACGUUUGCAAUUUUUCGCUGCGACGACGAAACCCCACGUCGACAAUGUAUCGCCAGAAGGUAUGAGUACUGUGUCAGGAUACGACAGAUUCAAGAAUUGGCAGGCUAUGCUCAAGGGUGGAGGUACUGCUACCACAUCCACUGCUACUGCUACAACCCACAGGAUGCAGAACACCAGCAUGCCUGUAGCCGCGAAAGAACCUACCAUCAGCCCCAGUAGCUAUCGCCAGCCCCAACCUCAUAUCUCUCAUCAUAACUGGUCGAUCGACAGCGCGAGCGACCAUGGAGGAGGAGCGGCAGGGGCUCUGAACUUUGCCGUUCCCAACACCACCGACCCCGACAUGACUGGCGGUCUUGGGACCUUGCAUUCAGCUGCUGAGUCUGCUUUCUUCGGUCUGGACAGUAUGCUUAUGUCCUCGCAUGAGACGAUCAAUCACCCUGAGAGACAGGUCUUACAGGAUUUCCUCGCAAUACCGGAUUUCGAAUUCAACUUUGGAUUUGAUCAUCAUGGCAAUGAUGGUAAUACUGGAACAGGGAGGGUGGCAUCCCGGGGCUUCGGGUGGUAA